AUGAGGUGUCACAUAUACUCCCAGCACACAGUGUCGGUUGAGGAGCAAUCUUUUCACGAUUUGCUUGGCGCAAGAUGUCCCGUAUGCGACAGAGAGAAUGACGAGCGGUCCCGAGAAGGAGAGAGGCUGCACAAUGUGGGAUUUCUCCGACCUGACGUGUUGCUGUACAACGAGAGCGAUGGUGCCGAUCCUCGGAUAAUGAGCGCGUUCAAGGAGGACCUAUGUCAAGAUAUCGAUGCGGUUAUUAUCGUUGGAACGACACUGCACAUUCCCCUCUUGCAGAACUUCACGGCUAGACUCUGCAAAAUAAUGAAGCGUUCCAAGGGGAAGAACCAAUCAUACGAUACCAACGCGAUGGUUAUAUGGCUAAAGCCUCUCGUGCGAGGAUGGACCCAACAGGGCCUGAUGCUGAAGACGUGCCUGAAUGUCAUCUCCAACAGCGCAGCGCGUUUGGUCAAUCCAAGCCUAGCAGAUCGAUCGUUGACCUCACAGUCGAUCAAGAACAUUGCUGCCUAUGUUCGAAUGUUCUUGGUGACGGAGGAGACGUCGAAUCCCGGAUAUUUGUGUUCGACGAGUGCGGAUGCGUCAUCUGCGGCGAAUGUGUCGGUAGCGACGGCUCGUCCAAACUUUGUUGCCCAAAGGGCCAUCUUGCCCGCGACCUUUUAACCUGCUCGCAAAGGGUUAUUCGAGUUUUUGGGCUCGAAUGCCGUAUUUGUUUCGAAUCGGUCGGAGUAGAUGCUAACAUUGAGCGUAUCUGCACACCUUGUGGUGAGUGAUCACUGAAAAUGCUGCAUGAUAGCUCACUCACUCAGUGUCAGGCCAUCUAUAUUGUCGUGGUUGUAUCAAGGAAUACUUGGAUAGUGCAGUUGGACCUGUAAAGUGUCCAAACUGUAAAUCCACUAUUUCUAGGGACGUAAGCGAUUUUGGGAGUUUUCGAAGCAUCCAACGAGGGAUCGACAUUGUUGAUGUUGGAAUAUUGAAAGUUGCGCGCUGGUCUAUGGAAAGAGAGCGGGUAUGAAAAAAAAAGCGAUGUUUUCCCAAGUACAGCGAUACUCCUGUCUCUUAACGCGAUUCCCUUUUCAGGCCCCCCUCUGGUUCCCGAUUUUGGUUCAACGUGGUGUACAAAAUU